UAUACAUAUAUAUAAAUAUUCCUUAAUGAAAAUGGAGGGUGCUAUGCUUCUAAAGUUGGUUUUGGUUGCUGCUGCUGUUGUGAACACAGUGCAUGGGCAUGGGACGCGUGUAGGGUUCUAUUCCAGAACAUGUCCGGCUGCUGAAUCCAUUGUUACCUCCACAGUUGAGUCCCACGUUAGGUCUGACCCUACUUUGGCUGCUGCCAUACUCAGGCUGCACUUCCAUGAUUGCUUUGUCCGAGGUUGUGAUGCUUCUGUUCUCAUUGCUGGCUCUGCUACCGAGAGAACAGCACGCCCAAACCUUAGUCUCAGAGGAUACGAGGUUAUUGACGAUGCAAAGGAAAAGCUCGAAGCUCGCUGCCCUGGUGUUGUGUCCUGUGCUGAUAUCCUUGCUCUUGCUGCUCGUGAUUCUGUUGUUCUGAGUGGUGGAAGAAGUUGGAAAGUGCCAACAGGACGCAAAGAUGGAAGAGUUUCAAUUGGAAGCGAAGCCCUUAGUUUGCCUGGUCCUAACGAUACUGUCUCUGUGCAGAAGACUAAGUUUUCUGAUAAGGGUCUCAACACCCUAGACCUGGUCGUUCUUGUUGGUGGACAUACAAUAGGCACAUCAGCUUGCCAAUCUUUUGCAGACAGAAUAUACAACCCUAAUGGCACCGCUGAUCCUUCCAUCGACCCUUCGUUUCUUCCAUUUCUGCGACAGAUUUGCCCACAAAACCAGCCAACGAAACGAGUGGCACUGGACACUGAUAGCCAAUUCAAAUUCGACACUUCGUACUUUGCUCACCUGAAGAGAGGGCGUGGAAUUCUCCGUUCUGAUCAAGCGCUUUGGACUGAUCCUUCCACAAGACCCUUUGUUCAGAAAUACUUAGCCACCGCUCUUUUCAACUACCAAUUCGGAAACUCUAUGGUUAAGAUGAGCAACAUUGGUGUCAAACAGGGUGAUGACGGUGAAAUUCGCAACAAAUGUUCUGCUAUAAAUUAAUCACUAUUUUCUCUACUUCCAUAGACCUCUGUUACUGCAUACUGUUCUUGGAGCUUCUCAGAUCAAACUUCAUUGCACCCCCUUAAGUUGUUUCAUGUCUACUACGACUAUAAACUGUG